AUGGUGGUGGUGCGUGUGGCCCUGCGCCUGCGCUUCACGAAGGUGCCCGGGGUCCAGGGUGAGCGUGUAUUUCGUGACACCAUGACGGUGACGGACCCACAUGACCACGGGUACCAAGACAUUGGUGCUAUUGUGGAGAAGAAGCUUCGAUUCAUGGACGUCCCGCCCUGUGAUUUCACUGUAUUCCACAAAGACAGCAAAACAGGUGACACUGUGGUAGUCGAUGAUGCUUAUUUGUGUGAGCUUUUAGAAGGAUUGGUGGAGGAAGCUACGACGACGAUGACGGCAGCAGCGGCGGCGUCACCCACAGGAGCAGCAGUAGCGCUGGGGACGAAUGGCGGCUUCCCGAGGUCCGCCAAUGAUGACGAUGAUGAUGAUUCCAUUGUAGAGAAGGCGGUGUCUUUCGACGUGGAGGUGGGCCGUGAGCGGCCGACGGAUAACCCCCUGCAAGCCGGAGGGAAUAAAGGAGGGGUCGUUUUGCCUCUAACUUCGGAGGCGCUGGAAGCACAUGCCUCGGAUGGUGUACGUGUCGGCAUUGCUUCCCUUACAUGUCCUCCUAAGUAUCCUAAUUUCUUUAUUCGUGUUGUGGUGAUUGCUAUACGUUUCAAAGCUCCGAAGCCCAACAUGUCCGUGUGUGAAAUAGACUUUUGUGAUGCUGAAGAUGCGCAGCAGCAAAUAACAUCUGUGACAUUUGAUGCUGUUGUGCAGAAAGCUGUUCGAGAUAAUUUGCGGAGUGACCGAAGGCAGGUGGUGGAGCUUCGAAACAUUUACCUCCGCGUUAAGAAUGAGACUGAUAGACGCUUUCAAACGAAUAAACACGCUCUCCUCAUUCGAAUGGAUCGGGGGUCGAGGAUUGAAGUGGUGCAGGUGCUGCCAGUUCCAAUUGCACUGCGGUCUGAGCAGGUGGUGUCUGUACGAGAAAACUUGCUAGCUUCUGGUCUCGUGAAUCUUAGUGACCUUGCCGGUUUCCGCGACUCGCAUGAUACCCGAAUGGGGCCUAGUAUCCAAAAUGUGCACUCUGCCAUUGGGUCAUCAUCGUCGUCAUCAUCAGGGCAGAGCGGAGCCAGACGAACAAUGCUUUCCUUUACCAGUAGUAUUUCUUCAGGUAACAUGUCUGUUUCAGGUGUAGUUCCUUCUCAAAUGGGUGAGCAGGUUAAGCGGCAGCAGGCUCAGUUUCUAUCAAAACGGGUCCGAGAAGAGCCUCUGCCAUGGGAACCCGACACACCGCAGGUCACCCUUAAGGAUGUUCGGUUGCGUGACGCCAUUGUGGAGCAGCAGGCAGUUCAAGAAGAGGUGAAAAAGGACCGCAUCCGUCGGCGGAAAGAAGUAAAUCAGGCAUGCAUUAUUUGCGGUAUCAACUGUGAAGAUGAGAGUACCCUUCGUCUGGUAGAGGACUUAUUGAAGAAUAGCAGUCGUAACAUGGGCCGGCACACUCCAACCAUGGCAGAGCUCCGCCACGCGUUGUCUGAUCGUCGGAGAACCAAGGAUGGAAAGCCACGAAAUCGCCUCGUCUGCUCUGAACACUUUGUAGAUCUCCGAACACGCACUGUACAUGUUGUACAUUGCCGUUGUGUCCAUCUUUGCAGUGGGUACCAGAAAGGAUCUGAAUUGGAGGAUGUAGUGUUUUGCGAUUUGCCAAUGCAAAUGUGCGAGCUGUGCGGCAUGCCUGGAGCGAGUGUCUCUUGCUAUCAUCCAGAUUGUCAUGAGAAUUACCACACAGUGUGUGCUCUAUUUUCAGGUGGUUAUGUGAACUUUGGCAAGAAAGAUCCGUAUUUGCCCUGCCCAGCGUGCCCAAGACAUACGCAGGUGGUGGUGAAGACGUCGAAAGAUACACCAGUUGUUAGUUGUGGACGGCUGGACUCUUCUGCGUGGUGGGAAGAAGAUGAAGUUGUCUUUGACUCUCGGGUUGUGGAGGACACCGAUCUGCGCGAUCCGGAUGAGAACGAUGGAGUCUAG